GCCUGCUGCGCACUCCUGUGAAUCAUGCCUGCUGCAAGAGGAGCACCUCUGAGUUAAGAAGGCAGUUGACUUUCAGUGACAGCUGGCAAGCAGACACUCCCUCUACCAAAGGGACAGCCUUCAUUCAACUGGAAGUGGACGGAUUUGGAAACAUGCAUUUACAAAUAUCCUUACUGCUGCUGUUUUGUCUAAACAUUGUCCAUGGUAGCGAUGGAUACUUUUCCGAGCGAUACCAGAAACAGUCCAGCAUCAAGGGGCCACCACACUUUCUACCAUUCAAUGUAAAGAGUCAAGGUGUGCAGAUGAGGGGUGAACAAGGUCCCCCCGGUCCCCCAGGCCCUAUUGGACCAAGAGGACAACCAGGUCCUGCAGGAAAACCAGGCUUUGGAAGCCCUGGUCCGCAAGGUCCCCCUGGUCCCCCAGGACCACCUGGAUUCUCCACUGUUGGAAAACCAGGCAUGCCAGGUCUACCAGGGAAGCCAGGAGAAAGAGGAUUAAAUGGUGAGAAAGGAGAAGCCGGACCUGUUGGGCUCCCAGGAGCAAGAGGGCCACAAGGACCCCCUGGUAUUCCUGGCCCCGCAGGACUGUCUGUCCCUGGAAAGCCAGGACCACAAGGACCUCCAGGAGCUCAAGGGCCAAGAGGCCUCCCUGGUGAGAAAGGAGAACCAGGUGUUCCUGGUAUGAAUGGACAAAAAGGAGAAAUGGGAUUUGGUGUUCCAGGCCGCCCAGGUAGCAGGGGUCUUCCAGGCCCACAGGGACCCCAAGGCCUCCCUGGCCCUGCUGGGAUAGGAAAGCCUGGAGAAAAUGGCCUUCCAGGUCAGCCAGGUAUGAAAGGUGACAGAGGUCUACCAGGGGCACGUGGAGAAGCUGGUACCCCAGGCCCCCAGGGUCCACCAGGAGAACGCGGAGAAGUUGGCAUUGGCAAGCCUGGGCCAAUGGGACCACCAGGACCAGCAGGCAUCCCUGGAGCCAAAGGAUUCCCUGGACCUGCAGGCUUGCCUGGAUCCCCAGGUCUCCCAGGAUUUGGAAAACCAGGAUUGCCAGGGAUGAAGGGACACAGAGGACCUGAAGGACCUCCUGGCUUUCCAGGACCUAAAGGAGACCAAGGUCCAGCUGGUGUGCCAGGAGAACCAGGUCCUGCUGGGUCACCAGGAAAUAUGGGCCCUCAAGGACUCAAAGGCUUGCCUGGUGAGAAUGGCUUACCCGGACCCAAAGGUGACAUGGGUCCUGCAGGCCCUGCAGGAUUCCCAGGAGCCAAGGGUGAAAGAGGUCUACCAGGAUUAGAUGGAAAACCAGGAUACCCAGGUGAGCAGGGUCCUGCUGGUCCUAAGGGACAUCCAGGUCUCCCUGGUCAAAAAGGUGACACUGGCCAUGCUGGCCUGCCUGGCUUGCCUGGUCCAGUUGGACCACAAGGAGUUAAGGGAGUGCCAGGUAUUAAUGGUGAACAAGGCCCAAGAGGACCUUCAGGAAUACCUGGGAUCAGAGGCCCCAUUGGUCCCCCUGGCAUGCCAGGAGCCCCUGGUGCAAAAGGUGAACCAGGAGCACCAGGACUGCCAGGCCCAGCAGGUAUUGCUACAAAAGGUUUAAGAGGACCCAUGGGACCACCUGGACCUCCUGGGCCUAAAGGCAACAAUGGAGAGCCUGGCUUGCCAGGUCCCCCAGGUCCUCCUGGUCCCCCUGGCCAAGCCACAAUCCCAGAAGGUUAUGUUAAAGGAGAGUCUCGAGAGCUAUCAGGAAUGUCUUUCAUGAAAGCAGGAGCAAAUCAAGCUCUGACAGGAAUGCCAGUGUCUGCCUUCACUGUCAUUCUCUCAAAAGCCUACCCUGGGGCAACAGUCCCCAUCAAAUUUGACAAAAUCCUGUACAACAGACAGCAACACUAUGAUCCCAGGACAGGAAUCUUUACCUGCAGGAUCCCUGGACUAUACUACUUCUCCUAUCAUGUACAUGCAAAAGGAACAAAUGUUUGGGUUGCACUCUAUAAAAAUGGCACCCCAGUCAUGUACACUUAUGAUGAAUACCAGAAAGGAUACCUUGACCAGGCCUCUGGCAGUGCUGUCAUUGAUCUCAUGGAGAAUGAUCAAGUGUGGCUCCAGCUACCAAAUUCAGAAUCCAAUGGUCUCUAUUCCUCUGAAUACGUUCAUUCUUCUUUCUCAGGUUUCCUAUUUGCUCAGAUCUAA